GUCGGGGACAUUCGCACAUCUGCACACGGUAGCCUGCUGGUCUCUUCAUCCAUUGCUGAGGUGACGAAGCUAGCUACGUACAUUGGAUCGGAACACACGCAAGAAGAUGGAGGGGGAGGCGAGCAAGAGGCUGGCCACGCUGGUGGGCUGCAACUACGUGGGCACGCGCUACGAGCUCCGCGGCUGCAUCAACGACGUCGACGCCGUGCGGGCCGCCCUCGUCGCCCGCUUCGGCUUCGCGCCGGCCGACGUCGCCGUGCUCACCGACGGGGACGGGCGCGGCGCCGAGGUGCUCCCGACGGGGGCCAACAUCCGCCGCGCGCUCGCGGACAUGGUCGCCCGCGCCGCCCCCGGGGACGUGCUCUUCUUCCACUACAGCGGCCACGGCACGCUCGUCCCGCCGCGCCACGGCGACGGCGGCGCGGAGGAGGAGGCCAUCGUGCCCACCGACUUCAACCUCAUCACGGACGUGGACUUCCGGCAGCUGGUGGACCGGGUGCCGCCGGGCGCGAGCUUCACCAUUGUGUCCGACUCGUGCCACAGCGGCGGCCUCAUCGACCAGGAGAAGGAGCAGAUCGGGCCCUCCGUCGGCUCCGGCCCCGGCGCGCCGUCCGCGCGCACCGCCCGGUUCCUUCCCUACGGCGCGCUCCUGGACCACCUCUCCGCCGUCUCGGGCAUGCCUUCCUCCCACCACGUCGCCGACCACCUCGUGGCGCUCUUCGGCGCCGACGCCAGCGCCAAGUUCCACGUUCACGGCGGCGGCGGCAACGGCAGCGCCCUGUCCACCACGCCCGCACCGGCGCCAACGCCGCCGCGCCCGGACGAGGGCAUCCUGCUGAGCGGGUGCCAGACGAACGAGACCUCUGCGGACGUGCCGGCGUACGAGGCCAGCGGAGGCAAGGCAUGCGGGGCGUUCAGCAGCGCGGUGCAGAGCGUGCUGGCGGCGCACCAGGCGCCGCUGAGCAACCGGGAGCUCGUGGCGAAGGCCAGGGCGGUGCUGGAAGAGCAGGGGUUCGAGCAGCACCCGUGCCUCUACUGCACCGACGCCAACGCCGAGGCGCCGUUCCUUUCGCAGGACAAGAAGGAGGAGACAGCGGUGGGCGCGGCAAGCCCGGCCAUGUCGCCGGCGCUGCUGUAGAGCACGUUCAGCUCACGAGCUAUGGAGCGGGCAUGCGUUCCUCAUGUGUCAUGUUUUACUGUUCCCGCGCACGUCGGAUUGGAUGAGGGGCCAAACUCACGUGCUAUAUUGUUUGUGUGUGGGUCAAGUGUAUAAGUGUGUGUAUUAUAUAUACACGGAUUUGUUAUGACUCACUUGCACAUACUGAUGUGUCAUUAUUGUAGCUUCAAAGUCAUGAAAUCUUCACUUACAA